AUGCUUCGCUAUCUUCAACUUCUAACACAAGGCACCGAUGCCGCAAACUCGGGAACGGCGCGCCAUCACAGAAACAGAGGAGAAAGUGGUACGACAACAGAGCAAGCAUCUUCACACGCACACGGACUUGAAGACAGGUUAACUAGCGAGACCCAUUUGCGUCGCUUCACUGAGACCGUACUGGACUCACGGCAACAGGAAAUUGAGGACCGUGAAAUGGAGAAAGACGAACUGGUACUCCGUGUGGAAACACUCGAAAAACAGCUUGCUAUCACCCAACAGCAGCUCGAGGAGACCCAGGACCAGGUUUUUCGUCUACAACCUAGCAGAAAGGACAUUACAGAAUCAGAGGCAAAGGAUGCCUACAAGACUCUUGUUGCGAAUGUUCAACGAUGGGUUGAGAACCGUGCCGGACAUGUCAUUGAUGAAUUGGAAACCGGCCGCCUCACGAGUAGACCAGUUCCUCCAGAAGGUUCACGACUUGUCACACUUCUCAGAGAACAAUCCAGGCGGUGUAUUAAUGUGAGUCAAUCUGAUGAGUUCCAAAUCAUGGGAGCCAUUAUGAACUAUCUCCACAUUACCAUGUUUUCCAAGUCAUUUUAUUGUCCUCUGGAUGAUAGUGACGACGACGGAACCGCUGUCUGGAUUGAUGAGCUUGAAAGCACUAUGUCUCGGCUGCAAAGAGAUAUAACUCAGUGCAGGGAAUGGAGAAGUGAAACGUUGACAGCGCUGACACACCAACCCGCCUUCAAAGCUCGACGGCAACGGUAUAUCAAUUUUGUUGUCGAUGAUCUGACUUCUUUGCUAUCAAUUGUUGUGCCAAGAACACCUCCCGCAGAUCUUCAGGCUUCUGUUCGACGGAGUAUCGUGGAGCCUGCGGCAGACCUCGUCCACCAGCUUCACCUGGCACCUAGUAUCUAUUCCUUGAAGUGGCCAGCUCGGUCAGCCUCAACACGACUUGAAGUUUACCAAUGCUUCAACCUUGCAAAUGGGGGGACACUUCUUGACUUAUCUGGGACCAAGUCCUCUUCGCCAGCAAGGCGCAAUGUCAUGUAUUUAUUUGAUAUAGCUCCUGGGCUGUUUGUCGAGAGGAUUGACGAGGGGAGAAAGCUCGGGCUGAAAGCAAUUGUCAAGCCUACCGUUCUCGUUACAAACGCAGGGGGGGAUAUAUCUCAGGGGCCAACGGUAAUGAGAUGGCUAUGGGAUGGCAUACCAUCUUCCCAGGGUUCCAGCCGAAGCGCAUCAAGGGCGUCAAGUGCAAGAAGGCCAGCUGGAUCCGUCGUGUCAUCAUCAGGCAGAUCAAGAUAUUAG